AUGGAACUGGAACUUGAAGUUGAUAUGAAAAAGCGUUACGAGGCGUGCAUGGUGUUGAGCGGGGUUGGAGACGCAUUAGGGUUCAAGCGAGGGGAGUGGGAAUUCUGUCACUCCGGUGAACAAAUACACGACGAACUAAAAGAAUUGGGUGGACUGGAAAACAUCAUAGUGACACCAAAGGGUUGGCCCGUUAGCGACGACACGGUGAUGCACAUUGCAACAGCGAACGCACUAGUUAUAAAUUACAAAAGUGACGACGAACUGUUUGCUUCACUGGCCCAUGAGUACAAAGAAUGUAUGAAAGACAUGUCUGGUCGUUCACCAGGACCUACCUGUAUGAACAGUUGUCAUAUGUUGAAACCCAAUGUACCUGGUGGGUAUAGGAUUCCGUUUGAUCUCCGCGGCGGUGGUUGUGGUGCCGCUAUGAGGGCCAUGUGCAUUGGUCUCCGUUACCCUCGCGAGGAUGACAUUGGCGAUCUUAUAAAGGUCAGUGUGGAGUCAGGUCGAAUGACACACAAUCAUCCCACGGGAUAUCUGGGGUCAUUUGCAGCGGCACUUUUUACCGCUUACAGCAUCCAAAGCAAAAAAAUAAGAGAAUGGGGUAAAGGGAUGAUGGAUCUGUUGCCUAAAGUUCAAGACUAUGUGAAACUUGUAAAUAUUGAUGUCGAGAAGAAUUUGGAAGCGUGGGGCUACUUCAAAACACAGUGGGAAAAGUAUUUGGCAGAACGAGGUAUAACGGAAGGCGAUUCAGAUCCAACAUUUCCGGCAAUAUAUAAAAUUAAAGAAAGAGACGAGUUUUACAAGAGUGUGAGUUUUGCUGGUUGGGGUGGUGCGAGUGGACAUGAUGCUCCUAUGAUCGCAUAUGAUGCUUUGCUUAGUUACGAUGGAAGAUGGGAAGAUUUGUGCAGUAGAUCUAUGUUCCACGGCGGAGACAGCGAUAGCACAGGGGUAAUUGCAGCGGCAUGCUACGGAGCUAUGUUUGGAUUUCAGGGGGUUCCUGAAAAUAACUACGCGAGACUCGAGAAGAAGGAAAAGCUCAUGAAGCUUGCUAAGAAACUAUUUGAUAUUAAACAAAGAAAACACAAUACUGAACCACGACAAGACGAAGAUUCAGUUGGCAACGACUCGCGUCAUUCUAGUGAGACUGGAGAGGCAAAUCUGCAGAGCAAGCUGAAACCAGAAGAACCAGCAAAUGAUGACGAACCCCUUAAAGGCAAUGAAAGCAACACACAAGCCGAAUUUGGUAAAAACGAAUGUGAGAAAAAUAUUAAAAAGUUAAAAACAAGCUCUCAAGACACCCCGGGCGAUGAAAAUGUCAACAAAAAGCAGGAACACCAAGACACUAAUAUAAACAAGUCCGAGACAGAAAAUAAUGGCACAGCUGCUACUGAAGUCACACCUAGAGGAAAAGUCAAUGAGACAGGUGUUUAA